AUGCGGCUGGCGGCUUCGAGCGGAGCUCGCGGACCGGCCUCGUGGGUCUCUCACCACAUACCAUCUCCGUCCACCGGCCCCCGUCCCUCCCGUUUCCUUCUCGGCUUUAAAACCCUCGCGACCAGCGCUCGCCAUUGGCGGACAGAAGCCUUUCUCGCCUUCGCCUCUUCUUGCCGGCUUCUUCUAGUGUUUCGCGGCUCGUGGUAGGGUAGAGAUGGCGAUGGAAGCGUCGCAGAGGCCGUUGCGGUUGCGGUGCUCGGUCCAGAACUACGAUUGGGGCCGCUUUGGGGAGGAAUCGACAGUCGCACGGCUGUUCAGGCGGAACUCCGGUAAGGAGAUCGAGUUGGGUCGGCCCUACGCCGAGUUCUGGAUGGGCACGCACGAGUCCGGCCCCUCAUUCGUGGUGGCCGCUGAGGGAUCGGGGACGGAGGCGGUUACGCUCAAGAAGUGGACUGGGGCGAACCCUGGUGCUCUGGGGAAUAAGGUCGUGGAGAAGUGGGGGAACGACCUUCCGUUCUUGUUCAAGAUCUUAUCAGUGGCAAAAGCGUUGUCCAUACAAGCGCAUCCCGAUAAGGAGUUGGCGAGGAUGCUACAUAAGAUGCGGCCGAGCGUUUAUAAGGACCCCAACCAUAAGCCAGAAAUGGCGAUUGCUCUAACCGAGUUCAAGGCGCUAUGUGGUUUUGUCAGCAUCGAGGAGCUUAAGGAUGUACUUGUUGCUGUACCGGAAAUUACACAGCUGCUUGGCAAUGAUGAGGCAAGCAAAAUUUUAAGUCAGGAUCUAAAUGGAUAUGUGGAUGCAAAAUCUUUUCUGCAAUUAGUCUUCACUAAGCUUAUGACAGCAAGUAAAGAGGCUGUAUCAGAACUGGUUUCUAAAUUAAAAGCUCGUUUGGACCUUGAAAAUAAGAUUAGGACAUUAACUGAGAAAGAACAGCUUGUAUUACUUCUGGAGAAGCAGUACCAAGCUGAUGUUGGGGUUAUAGCAGCCUUCUUGUUCAAUUAUGUGAAGCUCAGCCCAGGUGAAGCACUGUAUAUUGGUCCAAAUGAACCCCAUGCUUAUAUUUCAGGCGAAUGCAUCGAAUGUAUGGCGACAUCAGACAAUGUUGUGCGAGCUGGACUGACACCCAAGUACAUAGAUAAGCAAACUCUUUGUUCAAUGCUGACAUACAAACAGGGCUUUCCUGUAAUUCUUCGAGGGAGUCCCAUAAACCCUUAUGUAUCACGGUUUAGACCUCCAUUCGAUGAGUUUGAAGUUGAUCGGUGCUUACUUCCAUCAAAAGAGUCUGUUGAGUUCUCUGCCAUACCAGGACCAUCUAUUUUUGUUGUGGUGGCUGGGGAGGGCAGAAUGGAGGUAAGUUCUGUGGUUGAGGAACUGAAGAUAAUGGAGGGGGAUGUGUAUUUUGUGCCUGCUCAAACUGAGAUUAGACUAAGUGCUUGUGCUGAUGGACCGAUCAAGCUGUAUCGAGCUGGAGUGAACAGCAGGAUAUUUGCUUAAUGCAUGCUUCAAUUUUUAGCAGUGCAAGGUUAUUAAAUAUUGGGAGUUGCACAUUCAUUACGGUAUGAGAGAUAAUCUACGUAGUUCACUUGUGUUAUUAAGUAAUAAAAGAAAAGCAUAGUUGUCUAUCAGAACAACUAAUAUGUUGGCCGUCGUUGCAAUCUGCAGACCAUCUUGUUCAACAUAUUUGAUAAUUUUCUACGAAAAAAUGAAAAACUUUUGUUAUUAUUAUAACUGCA